AUGACGCUGCAUGGGCGCAAAGCCGCGCAGCUGCUGCAGGACCUGAAGCGGGCGCGGUGGUUGCCACCCUUCAACGACAAGGUGGUCAAGGAGGUGGCGGAAGAGAUCCUCAGCGAUGCCAAAGAGAUCAAGCGCAUCUUCGACCAGGACUCAGAGGAAUCCUUGGAGAACGAGGUGCUCAUUGGGCUCUAUCUCUAUGAUGACCUCAUUGACCGCAACAAGAGGUGCCUGUUGGCCUACCUAAACGCCAGAGUGGAGGUCAUCGAGCGGCUGCGCUGGGAGGUCGGUCGGAUGAUCCCGGAGGAGAAGCUUUCAAAGCUCCACCAGGGGGAGAAAGAGUAUCUCAAGAACUACAAUGACAGCCUGGACAAGUACAUGAAGCGGUACACCCCCAAGUGCAAGCAUCCUUUGGACCUCACGGCGAAUGCAGAGGCACCAGAGGACAUGAACAUCCAGGUCCGGAUCCUCCGGCCAGACCCCCAGCUGGACGGCAUCGCCAGCAACGGCAGCGGCAUGCUCCGGCUCCGCGGCGGGUACCAGAUGAUGGUGAAGCGCAGCGACGUAGAGCACCUCAUCCGUGCUGGCAAGGUGAUGCAGGCCCGGGGGCAUGCCUCUCUGGAGCGCACUGCAGAGGCCCGCGUCAAGGCCUCCCGGCGCCUGAGGGCCGCGCUGCUGCGCCGGAACGCGGGGUCCCGUAGCUCCUCACGCCCGCCCACGCGGCUGAGCCCACGCUGGGACUCGCCUGAGGUCUCCAUCCCUGCGGUCUUUCCGUUUCCGGAGCCCAUUCCGUGUGAGAUUCCGAGGCGCGAGGGCGAAGGCGGCCGGGCCUCGCCGCAGCGGGCGACCCCCACAGGGGAGCGCCUGGGCUCGCCGGCCUCCGCGCCCUCUUCCAGGCCCCAGUCCCGCGCCAAGGUGCCGGCGGUCUUCCCCUUCCCGGAGCCCAUCCCCCAUGAGAAGCCGGAAAGGCGCUCGCCGCGACCGGAGCGGCAGGCUGACAUAGAGAGGACGGAGGAGCCGGAUCCAGGCCGGGACUUGCCGGAUGGACACUGA